GUAAAACAGCAAGCUCCAGUUACAAUUUAUAUUGAUAACAUCUCUGCUAUCAAUCUGGGCAAAAACCCAGUCCUACAUGGGAGAAGCAAACAUAUCGACAUACGUUAUCAUUUCUUGAGGGAUCAAGUUGGCAAAAAGAUGAUCAAGUUGGAAUACUGCAGAAGUGAAGAUCAAGUUGCAGACCUAUUCACCAAGCCAUUGAAGAUUGAUGCAUUUGUCAAAUUGAGGGGACUACUUGGAAUGAAGCCCCUGCCAAAUCAGAAUUAAGGGGGGAUGUUCACGUAAUAAAAUACGUAGUGGUUAUUUAGUUUUAAUUCUGAUUUAGCUAAUAAAUAGGCAUUUGAAUUUGUCUUUAGGUAGUUGUGUGGCUAUGCUUUAUUUUAGGAUAUCACGUUCCUAAUUCUUAGCCUAGAGUUUGUUAUUGGUAUUUGUAUAAGUAUCUCAAUAAUGUAAACCAGAAAGAGAGAGAGCAAAAAAAAUAUUCUGCAAUUAGUUCGUAUUAUUCUCACCCAGUUCAUAUCCUUACUUCUGUAAUCCUUUGUUAGUCCCUUACAGGAAUCACGGUCACAGUAGCAAUUCUAGGAGUGAUACUAUUUAAAAGAAAAUUGAUGAGUAGCCAUGGACUAAUCCUCGGGGUUUGGAUGUUCGUCUGGCUUUUCAGUCACGCUUGGGAAGCGACUAAUGUUUCGGAUGUGUCACGUUAUCCUAAUGCAUCGACUACUGAACGUGUCAUUUGUCGAACGUUAGUCGCUUCCCAUAUCGUGGUCAACGUAUUUGGACUUGGAUAUUGGUCAAUUUUAGGUGUCAUGGAAUAUUGUAGGAAUGGGGAAAACAGCAAAUUGGUAGUGUUCGAGAUCGGAGCUUGGUUUGCCAUGUUUGUCAUGAGUUGCGUUGAAGUUUAUGUGGUGAAGAUGGUUGGGGAAAGACAAUAUGGUCGAGUAUCUCAUUGGUAUAUAGUGGGGAUAUCUUUUAUUUGCAUGGCAGAGAAUAGAUGGAGAACCAAUAAGGGUGGUGGAGAAGUCAUCGCAGAGGAUGAUCUGUUGCUGAAAUCACAACUUAUUGGCAAAAUGGAGGAAGCUUUUGAUGAAGUCAAAAGACAUUGUAUGGAAGACUCCAAAAAAUUAAAUUGAUGUUACAUGGUUCAGUUUGUGGACGAGAAAUUAAUCAAAAAAGUUGUAUAAUAAUCUUUUACUUUGUAUAUCCAACUUUUAUUAAAUUUGAAUUUUACUUUUGGG